UAUCUGUAUCAUCUGCAACCUGGACAAUGGCUGAGAACAUGACAGCAUCUAAUCAAGAACAAGACAUCAAUCCUUGGUCCGUUGAGGGCGCCCGGGAUGAGAACGGCGACGUUGUCUCGAUUGACUACGAAGCUAUUUCCCGUAAAUGGAACACAUCCAUUAUAGACCAGAAGCUCCUCGAGCGUUUCGAGCAGGUCACUGGACAUAAGCCGCACCGUUGGCUCCGACGCGGCCUGUUCUUCAGCCACCGAGACUUCGACCGGAUCCUGAACCUAUACGAACGCGGCGAGCCCUUCUUCCUCUACACCGGUCGUGGUCCAAGCAUCGGUAGUCUACACCUGGGACACACGAUCCCUCUGCAAUUCACCAAGUGGCUUCAAGACGUCUUCGACGUACCCCUGGUAUUCAUGCUCACGGACGACGAGAAAGCCCUAUUCAAAGACAGUCUCACUUUCGAAGAAACAAUGGAAUACUCCAAAGAGAAUGCUCGAGACAUCAUCGCCAUCGGGUUUGACAAGAAGAAGACCUUUAUCUACAGCGAUCUCAAAUACUUCAGCAACCACUUUCUGAUGAACGCAUGGGAGUUCUCGAAGCUCGUGACUUUCAACCAAGUCCGAGGCGCAUUCGGCUUCAAUGAAAGUACCAACAUCGGCCGUAUCUUCUUCCCCUCGGUUCAAUGCGUAGCCGCCUUCGCAACAUCCUACCCAGAAAUCUGGACGGAUGACCCACAACCGACCCGCACCCAGUCCAUCGCCAACAUCCCCUGCCUGAUCCCCAUGGGCAUCGACCAGGACCCCUACUUCCGUUUGCUGCGGGAUAACGCGCAUAAGAUGCGCUUCCCGUCGCCUAAGCCGGCGCUCAUCCAUUCCAAAUUCCUCACUGCGCUGCAGGGUCCAGGGGGGAAGAUGUCCUCGUCGAACCCUAAUUCCGCUAUCUUCAUGUCUGAUACGCCGAAACAGAUCAAAACGAAGAUUAACAAGUAUGCGUUCAGUGGCGGGCAGGUUAGCGUAGAAGAUCAUCGUCGUCUUGGGGGAAAUCCGGAUGUGGAUGUUUCGUAUAUCUAUCUGACGUAUUUUGAGGAGGACGACGCGAAGCUCGAGGAGGUUUAUAAGAGCUAUAAGAGCGGUGAGCUCUUGACGGGUGAGUUGAAGAAGAUGGCCAUCGAGGCUUUGCAGGAGUAUGUACGUCACUUUCAAGAGAGGAGAGGGCUGGUUAGUGAUGAGGUUCUGGACGAGUAUAUGCGGCCAAGGAAGUUGGUUUGGGAGGGAAAUCAGAAUCCUGUUAAGGAGAAUCUCUGACUGUAUGAUUGGGGAUUGGAUUCUUCCAGGGGGAUUGAAAGUCGACUGCUGUCUACCAACGCUGUCCAGCUGCAGCUCAGAAAUGCCGGUAGUCUCC